UGUCCCAAACUUCAAGCCAAGCUACGAGGACUUAAUCUUCAGGCGAAAAGAAGAGAACAAAUAUUUCAUGUAUGAAAUAAAUAAAAAAGAGAUGUAACAAUUUCACCGUUUGACCAUUUAAUUGUCACUUGUGGAGAAUUUGAAAACAGUUUUUUAUUGAAACUCUCGAAUCAGUAAAGUUCUCAAGAAUUCCGCAGUGUUAUUAAUUGUAAUACUUAUCGAUGUCGAGCAUAAAGCGAAAAAAACAGCUUUGAAGCGAAGAAUUCAAAAUACUAAUCGUAACUUGUGAAAUACUAAUUUGUAAACUAUUAACGAUAUGAAAUUGUUACCAUUAAUUGACGAAUGAUGCGUUCAACUUCCUGAGUUGCUACACGCUACCUAUUUCAUGCAUAGAAUAUUCGUUUCCUUUUCCUUCGUUUUCCUUCACGAUUAAGUCCUUUCAAUUUUUUUCAACUUGUCAAAGUUACUUUAAGUCACUUAUUUACUCGUUCAGAGUCACUUAACUUAUUUAUUUUAGAAGUUUAGCACACGCUGAGAACCACUGCGCACGAAUUGAUCAAAAUAUUUUGUAUCCUACGAUCGAUACGAUCAACUGCUACCGAGCUAUUUCCCGGCGCCGUUCGACUCGAUCACAACGUCAGAAUGGCCCCGUCAAUUCGUAGCUACUUUGGUAAAACGUUCUGCUUGCUCCUUUUUCUCUGCGCGAACGUUGCCACCUGUUGGAGCACCGACCCGGUCUCAAAGACUUUGGAUCAACUCGCGGACACGCAGUUGCCACGUGUUCUACGAAAUUCCGAAGAUGAAUCGUUAAUUUGGAUGGAAUACGAAUUCGGCACAGGCGCUGGCAACAGGGAAGAGCUGAUAGUGACAGACAUUUCUGUCCGUGAGUAUACAAACUUACCAAAAACAGCGACGAGUUGGCAGUUCCUAGAUGCAAAUGGUAUCAGUUAUCUAUUUCGAGUUGAAGAAUCUAUCUUCUUCGUUUAUAAAUUCGAUAUGCACGCGGCUGUGAUCAAUGAUCCUGUGAGUUUCGGCCUAGAAGGCACUAUAAUAACGUUUCAAGUGAUCGAUCUUCAUUCGGGACCUGAUGCUGUGGCCGUUUUCUGCGUCGAAUCGAACGACGGGACGAUGUUAUCGUGGUACAGGCUGAGAAAUGGAAAUUCACUUCAGCUCGUUCAAUCAUGGACAGUACAGAAACGUAUAAAAUGCAUGAAAUUCAUUCAGCACGAAAAGCCGUAUAAAAUAUUACUGUUAAGCGACAACGAAUCAGAUUCUGGAUUGCAAGAUUCGUUCAUCGACGUGUUCUACGAUAGAUUUUCCAUACCGAGAACAUUCGACAUUCAGAUAUGCCCCACUGAUGAAAACACUUUACUGGCUCUUCAGGGCAGCAAUGAUAUCUCGCUCUAUGAAUAUAAAAAUACCGUCGAGGGAAGUAUCUUUCAGAAUCUACAGACGAUAAAAUCGUACAACUUGCGGAAUUUCGUCUGUUUUGACAGCGGUUACUUUCAAUUCUUGUCAACGUCUGGCCCGGAAGCUGGUCUUUUUCACUUUGUAGACGGUGAAUUCCAAUUCAACGCAGAGUCUGAGCCCGACUUCGAUAUUUCAGAAAUCUCGUGGGUAACGAACGUGAAAUUGGACACGUAUCGAGACGAAUCAUUGUUACUGAUCCAACUGAGAAACUCUACGGUAAUCGGCCUUGCAUGGCGUGGCCUGAGUUUCAAAAGAAUCUCGUUGCCUGGAAAUGUUCUCGAUCAGCUCGAUCUCGCCACGAUCACGCCACUUUCGAAGCACGGACUCAUCUUGGGCAAUCGAGUUGUAAAAUUUCACGUGCAACUGAAAAAUUUGAAACACCCGAGCCAAUCCACUACCGAGAGGCUACUGGUCUUGCAGAGUUUGUUAAACGUAAGCAAUCGUCUUCGAAAUUACGGGUUCAGAGUUCAGAGUUUUGAUGAAAUACCUGACACGCUGAAUCAUCAAGAGAGGAUUCUCAACGAAACGGAGGCACGUCUGGAGAAGAGUUACUUAAAAAAUCCGGAGAUCACAGGUGUUUGGAACAUUAGUGUGGCGAACGUUACGAACGCAACUGUAUCCGACAACGUGACUUAUCAUUCGGUCACGAUAGGCGGCACGAACUUAACGAAAGAGGAUCUGAGAGUCAACGUAAGCGAUUUCAGAGGAAGACUGGCCAGCUUAGAGCAGAAACUCGAUGAAAUCGAUUCGAACUUGAUGAACACCGUGGAGAUCAAUCCGCGUUCCCUUUCGCGUGUCAAAAUAUUUGGAAAUAUCAUUGUUAAUGGCGACUUAAAUGUGGGAAACUUAACUGCACUGUCCAUCAAUGACAUCAACGAGACAACUGUCGCCGAUUUCAUCGAUAACAGGGAUGUAACAGCUCGUACCGUGAACGGUAUUCCAAUUGAAAAUAUUCAGUUCGGUGAUUCUGUAGUUGACUACAGCGGCGUGGACUUUUAUAAAAUAAAUCGUGCCCAAGUGAAUGGGAAUCUUUCGUUUUCCAUGAUUAAUGGCAUUGAUUGGACAAUACUGAUGAGGGACAUUGUGUGGAAAAACAAACGGAUGCACAUCCCCGGAGAGACUAUCAUCGAAGGAACGUUGAUCUCGGAUAUUUUCAAGCUGGACAUCCUCGACAAUCUUCUGUAUCCAGAAGACUAUGUCUUGGAGAAUAGCGUUAGUCCCGUGAUCGUAACCGGUUCAAAGUCAUUUGAUUCAAUGCUAAUAUCGCAGUUGGACGAUGUAGCUACCAUAAAUGGCAUAGACUUCGAGGAUUUCGUAAUUCUGCACAAGGACAACAUUUUAGAAAAGAGCAUCACCUUCGAAAACUUAACGAUCGAAGAAGAGUUCUGGAUAGAUGGUGAUAUACCGGGAUUUAAUAUGGGAAAUGUGCUGUUGUUGAAUGAAACAUCCGCGAUUUCACCGGAUGUUAUGUUUUUCAACUUGAACGUCUUGGGGGACGUCACGUUCGACGCGUUGCUAAUGAACAGACGUUUACUGAAUUUAGAGGACCUGCUGUUGAAAACCGAUGGAAACGUUGCAAUCACUGGAACGAAAACAUUUUUAAAGAACGUCGGAAUGACGUCCAGUGUCACCAUCACAUCCGGCAUGGUCAAUGGACAUUUCCUGGAUGAGUUCAUACUGUCGAACGUUACUUUUAAUAACGUGACAUUCGAAGCGGUGAAGAAGUUCGAGGCUUUCCUCCACGAAAACACGAAUUCAAGCUUCAACAGACUCGUCAUAUUUGAGUCGCCAAUUACGGUAGAUCAGCUGUCCUUCGACAGAUUAAACGAGGUUUCGUUUGAAGACUUCGAUCAGAGACUAAACGAAACGUUUCGGCACGUUAGCUUCGAGAAUUUAACGAUCGAAACGUUAUUGGCUGAAGAAAUAACGCCAAAGGCUAUUAAUGGUAUUGAUUUCGAUACUUUCGCGAAACGUUUACAGCCUUCGAACGUUGGAUCUGUGGAGCAGUUGGAAACCGAUCGUUUGAACGUGGCGUUUAUCAAUGGAAUGUCGUUGAACGAGAUCAAUCUGCUGAAUGAUAGAUUGAAUGCAAUUUUAGACGGCAUUUGUAAUGGAAGCGUGACUCUAAACUCGCUUCAAGUGACAGGAAUGAUCAUUACGAAUUCAGUUAACGAAGAAGUUCUAACAGAUUUGUACAGUAACGAUGAAACGAACACCGUGAUCUUCAAGUCAGACACUUUCAUCAAGAAUCUGACGAUCUUGGGCUUGACGAAUGGCUUCAAUUUCUCGGAACGCGUGUUUGACACGAUUUUAAAGUCCGAUAGAAAUAUAGCGAUCGAUGGAUAUAAAAUAUUCGACACAAUUCUUUGCCAUCGACUUGAGACAAGCUUUUUGAACGGACGUCCUGUGGAGAAUGUUCUAGAUCCUUUCAAAGAACAAGUGUUAUCGGGUCCUGUUACCGUGAAUGGUUCCACGACAAUUCUUGGAAAAUUUAAUACAACUGGAAGUAUCGGUGAUAUUCCAUUUUACAAUCUAAUAGACAGAUUCAACGCCUUAGGGAACAAUAGUUACGAGUUACACGGAGACGUUCUUUUCUCGAACAACGUGACUGUAAGAAGUCUUUGUACGACAGGAUUGAUCCAAGAGAGAAAUUUCGACAACUUCUUGGACAUGAUAAUUUUCAACAACGAGGAUAAUCUGACAAUUUCCGGCACGAAAGUGUUUGAAAAUUCUGUGAUCUUCAAUGGCACGUUCGUAGUACGCGACAAAUUGGAUAACAUUGAUUUGAAAAGAUUCCAACAGAAAGUUAUCUUCAUCGACCAGCCAUUUUCUGUCCAAUCAAAACUUACUUUCAAAGAUGGUAUAAGGAUAGAGAAGGAUCUUGCAGUUUCGACAAAUCUCAAAACAAAGUCCAUUAUGGGGAUCGAUGCGAACGAUCUGUAUGACAAUGUCCUGAUUCUUGACAAGCCUAAUUAUGUCGAAGGGUUUACCACAUUUACUAACGUGAGUUUCGAAUCUGAUAUUCAAAUGGAGAAAUUCAACGACUUGGACAUGAAAUUGUUAAUACCACUGAACGCUGAACAAAUUAUAGAAGUCUUGAAAUGUCAUAAUGUUGCUGCAGAUAAAUUACAAAUUUUAGGAAAGGUCAACGAUGAAAAUCUACAGAAGAUUCAAGACAAUACUUUCAUGAUGACUGGGGACCAGAACAUAUCAGGACAUUUCAAUUUUCGUGGCCACGUUUAUGUCCGAGGGGAUUUCGAUGCUCGCAUUAUCAAUGAUAUUGAUCCGACGAGUAUUAUACCAUUGAAUUCGAAAAGUUCUAUAAGCGGUAAAUGGACCGUGUAUGGCAACGUUCACUUCGAGAAAGGAGCAUCGGGAAGCGACACGUUAAAUCGCAUGAAUAUCACAGAGUUGUCCAACGCUUUGGCCGAAAAACAUUUGGAGAUGAAUGAAGCAUUGGCAGAGAAAAGUGCGAAUCUGGACAGCGUGUGUGAAGAUCUGCGGCAGCUGAAACGCUACGCAGAGAAACAAAUUUACAAGUUCAAUGCGUUCGAUUAUCUGCAGACCAUCGAGUUCGAUAGCGGUAUAGUCAGCGCUCAUUAUUUCGAGUUGGAUAACUUGGACUACAUAAUGAUAAGCUACGAUAGCUGUCACAUGCAUGUAUAUUCGUUCAGUGGGAUGAAGUUCGAGUUGGUCAACGAUAUCUCUGAUUUUGGAGUGGUUGAACAAUGGACCACUUUCGAACACGACGGAGCUUUAUAUUUUCUCGCUUCGGGGCCAAAUUCUUGCGGCAGGAGUCCUGCUAAUCUGUGGAAACUGAGCAACAACGAGUUGGUGCACGUCUUAGAUCUCGGUCAUAACGUGGAUAGCAAGAGAAUCUAUCAGGAUACGUUUCUCAUGUUGAUUAAGAGGAAGGAACAGUUCCGAUCGUCUGCGAAGGUGAACGAAGUAUUACAAAAGUCUCGAUCGUCUCCGGCGGACGAUGAUAAUGUUCAAAUUAUUUUUAACAAGGACAAAAUGUUGCUCACCAGUAAGAACGACAUCCACAAGUAUAAAAACGUUGCUCAUUCUACCAACAGAACCGUUAACGUUAGAAAUGCAGAUAUUCUGAAUUUCAAAACUGGAAUAUUCGAGAAGGACAUGUUUUUGUACUACGACAAAGAAGUCAGCGAGGAUCGCAUAUUCAUUUGUAACAAUGGCGCAAAAUGGAAGAAAAUCGUUCAGACGAUAAGAGCACAUAGGCCAACGUCCUUUGUCAUACUUAAUUUCGAUGGAUUGAUCGAAACACUGCUUGUCUUCGUUGAAAACGCGAAGAAUCUUCGAAUUUACGAGUAUAGAGGCAUCCAAGGCUUUCUAUAUAGAGACAGUAUAAGAAUGAACGCUGAUAAAUUAUUUACCUUCAAAAUCAGAAAGCAUCCUAAUCUAGCAAAACGAUACUGUCUAGGUUUAGUUCACGGGAAUAGAUUAACAAUUUUAGAAGCAAAAAUGCACGGCGAGAAAUUAGAUAUGGGAGCGUUAAUGUGUUGAAAACAUUGAAAUUAUCUGUAAAAUAAUUAAUAUUGUAUUAUAAAAUUAUUGAGUUAGAAUCAAUUGGUAUUAUAUUAUAUUAUGUUUACACAUUGUAUUGUAAUUAAUUGUAUAUAUGAAUAAUAAGUACAUGAUUGUGAAAUAUGUAUAAGACGAAUGAUACUGUAUUUUUGCAUCCUCUGUCACGUGUAUUGUAAACAGCACUUUGAAACAUUGUUCAGUAAAUACCCCCGGACCGUUUCGCUUUGUAGAACGCAAUGAUUUCUUCGUCGAUUUCUGGAUCCCCUGUCAAGGGCAAUGAAUCUUCAAACUGCUUUCGAUCGAAAUCUUCUUUUUCGAUUUGCACGUUUAGAGUCAAAGGGCUUUUUGGAGUACACGCAUUGAAGCUUAAGAACUUUUGAUACACUGGAACCGGAUAAUCUGCCUCUACGAAUGAAGCUUGCUUAGUUACAAUUUUCGUCUCAGCACUUUGUAAUUCAAUAGGAUUUUGCUCAUUUUGUUGAUUCAUCGUCGAGUCUAUCUGAGUAUUGUCUUUCCUUCUGCCAUCCUUCUGUUUUUCAGUUUUACGCAAGGAUUGUCGAUUCGAGUCAUUCGUUUUAUCAGUUACUUUCUGAUCAACUAUUUGAUCUUGAUCCGGGGUUAAAUCGCUUAAAGUUAAAUUAACAAUAUUGCAAGGCAAUUGCUCUGAGGCUAAUGUAUCAGAGAGUACAAGAGAUUUGUCUUUCAACGUCGAAUUGUUAUCACUGACAUUUACACUGCAGUUAGAUUUGAUUUGAUCGCUGAUCUUAGAUCUUCGUUUUUGUUUUUUCAAUGGUAUACGAUUGCUUAUCGAGUCUUGCACGAUUUCUUGAUUCUCGUUAUCGAUACUGUUGGUUGUAAAUCUAUCGUCACCCGCUUCUGUAAGUCGGUGAUUCUUCUUCUUUUCCUUCUUCUUCAUUUUCUCGAUUAAAAAUGCUGUCAAAGAGUUAAGAAAUUUUCGAAUAAGUAAUGCAAUAAUUAAACAAGAAUCCAAGGUAUUCUCGACAAAGAUACAAAGACGAAAUUAUAAGAAAUAAUCACUUUGUUAAAAUUCUUAGAGCAGGUUUUCAAAAUCAUUUUUCGAUUCCUCCUUGCCAGUAGAAAGUAACUGAUUAUUUACUAUGAAAUCGUUUAAAAGUAUUCUUGUGAAAAAGUAUAUUCAUCUGCUUUUUUGUUAUUUAAACUCCCAGUUUUCGUGGUAUAAUCGGAUUCUAUAUAUCAAAAUAUAUAUCAGAAAACUUUAUUUCACAUUUUUCUUAUUUAUCUUCGUACGUAGAAUAACUUUCUGUAGAUUAUUUACUUCUGUUCAAUUCAGAAUUAAUCUAAUAAUUAAUUAAUUAAUCCAGUUAAUCUAAUC